AUCUGGUGGAGGAAGUGACAGUGAGGUAGAAGAGAGGCGCUCUGUUAUGGAUAGCGAUGAUGAGGAAGCGAGUCCAGGAAAGAAUGGUCCCAAGUCUCCAGCAGGAAGUGAUGACCAGAAACAGCAAAUUACUAAUGAAGUCUUUGGCGGCUCAGACUCCGAAGGAGAGGGUGGAAAGAAAGGGGGAAGUCGUUCGCGUAGUAGGUCACGUUCACGUAGCAAGUCUGGCAGCAGAGCUGGCAGUGGCUCCCGCAGCCGAUCUCGCUCUGGUUCUCGGAGCAAGUCAGGAAGUCGUGCUAGUAGUAGAUCCCGUUCGCGUAGUAAGUCUGGAAGCAGAGCUGGCAGUGGCUCAAGAAGCCGAUCUCGAUCACGAAGUAAAUCGGGAAGUCGAGCAGGCAGUAGGUCCCGUAGUAGGUCUCGCAGUAAAUCAAGAAGUGGCUCAAGAAGUAGGUCAAGAUCGGGAAGUAGAGCUGCUAGUGGUUCUAGGUCUCGUUCUCGUAGUAAGUCGGGCAGUCGGUCUGGCAGUGGCUCGCCCGCAAAAAGGAAAUCAAAGAGCAGAUCCCGAUCAGGAAGUAGGUCACGCUCCAGAAGCAAGUCAGGAAGUGCAUCAAGGUCUAGAAGCAGGUCACGAUCAAAGUCUAGAAGCAGGUCACGAUCAAAGUCCAGAAGCAAGUCCGGCAGUCGGUCUCGAUCACGCUCCAGAGGCAAGUCUGGAAGCAGAUCCCGAUCCAGGAGCAAAUCUGGAAGCUCGCGCUCACGCUCACGCUCACGAUCACGAUCACGAUCAAGAGGAAAAUCUGGAAGCAGGUCGAGAUCAAGAAGCAAGUCUGGAAGUAGGUCCAGGUCAGGGUCAAGAGCCAAGUCAGGCAGCAGAUCAAGGUCACGAUCAAGAUCAAGAAGUAAAUCAGGAAGCCGGUCACGAUCAAGGAGCAGGGCAAGAAGUGGCAGCAGCCGUUCUAGAUCGAGAUCAGGAAGUGGGUCCGAUACAGGAUCCCCCAAAAAGCGCAGGAGGGUGCUAUCAGAUUCUGAUUCUGACUCAGGGUCUGAGAAAGGGAGGCGAAAGAAAGUCAAACGCAAGAGGAAGACGAGUGGCAGUGGGAGUGGCAGCGGAGCAGGAAGUGACUCUGACGAUGAUGCUCCAAAAUCUAGCAAAAAGCCUAAAGCAAAGAAGAAGAAUGUGCUUAGUGGCAGUGACAGUGACUCAGGCCCAGAUGAUAAGAACGUUGCAAAGAAGGCUAAGGUGAAUGAAAACGAUGAAGGCGGCAGUAGAUCAGGGAGCCCAGCACCCAACAGAGAGCCAGAAAGUGAACAGAAUACUGAGCAGGCAUUGCCCCAGCUGUCAGACAGUGAAGAUGAAGCCAUUCGGAAUCAGCUGAGAAACCACGAGGAGGAGUUCGUCAAUGAUUUCGAAGCCAUGUUGGCCAAGAAGAAGGAAGAGGCAGGAAGGCACAGGAGAAGAAAGAAUAACGUAGACAUUAUUAACGACAAUGAGGAACACAUAGCCAUUAUUGUUCGGAAAAUGCGAGAAGCAGCUGAUGAGGACCGGCAGCUCAAUGCCAGGCGGCAACCAGCAACCAAAAAGUCUGCAAUGUUGGAUCUUGCCAUGAGCCAAAUCAAUAAAACGAACCUGAUUGAAGGCUUUUUAGAUGCCAAUGUGCUUUCAGCCCUGACAGACUGGUUGGCUCCUAUGCCUGACCGAUCCCUUCCUGCUGUGAAGAUCAGAGAGGCUGUCACUAAGUGGUUGCUAUCGUUACCACCUCUAUCACAAGAUAUGUUGAAGACUUCAGGCAUUGGGAAAGCCAUUAUGUAUCUGUAUAAGCACCCUAAAGAACUGAAGACAAUCAGGAGUCGGUGCGGAAGACUCAUAUCCAUGUGGUCACGCCCAAUAUUCAACGUCUCAGAUGAUUUCAAAUCUCUAUCGAAAGAAGAACGUCUAGAAAGAGAUCUUGAACAGCAGCAGUCACAAGGUGGCAGUAGCAGAAAAGACCAACAGGAUAUUCAGACAGACGAGUCAGGACGACCACUGCGUCCAGGUGACCCUGGUUGGUGCUACAGAGCACGUGUCCCUCGCCCUUCAGCCAAAGAUUAUGUCAACCGUCCAAAGUGGCAAACGGAAGUUGAUCUCAACAGAACAAGUAAGAAAGAGGUUACAAGGCUAGACAAGCAGAUGCGAGCUUUCCAAGAGAGAAAAAGACUGUCGAAAGCUCGCCGAGCGGUUGCAAUCAGUAUUGAAGGGCGGAAUAUGGCUCUGUAAUCCUGACAAUACUUUAGGCAGAAUACGUGUAUGUAUGUGUAUAUACAAGAAGCCUUACUGUGCUAUGGAGAGAAUGCAUAAACUUUCCUGGAAUAAAGGAGUGUUAAUUUUAGAUUUUGGAAGUGUUAUAUACAGAAAAAUUGAAAACUGCGGGUUUACUAAAUAAAGAAAAGGAAAAGAAAAAAGAAAAUUAAAUGUGAAUGCUUUUUUCUCAGCCUUAGUAUUUAUUAUUUUUUGUCAGUUUAUUUAGUUCUAAAGGAAGCUAUAAAGAAAUCUUCCUCAUUUAAUUACCCAAUUGGAAAAUAAACUAAUCCUUAUGGUGUUCUGUGAAGGAUUGUUAUAGGCAAUUGAAGCAUACUCAUGCACAAACUUUUUAAUUUUUUCAAAAAGACUUUGAAGAUGUGCAAAGGAGCACUUUUUUUUCCUUUCUUUCUUUCUUUCCUUACCAGAUCUUACAGUUUUACAUCUAAGUGUCUGCAUGUUCAUGAUAUGAAAGGUAAUACUCUAACAGUCAUGUGUUUUUUGUUGACAUGCUUCGAUAUAUGUGCAUGUAAUGCAUGAGAAAGGGAGAGUGAGUAAGUGUAUAUGUGUACAGGUGUGACUGCAAGGUGAACGUGUGUUUGUACGCGAGAGAGUGAGUGAGUGAGUGAGCAAGUUAGCAGAAGUGUGUGUAUGAGCGUAUACAUGUGUGCGCACAUGUUUUGAUUUUUUUGCUUCUGAGUGUCUUUCUUGUUUAAAGAAAUUGGUUUCUUAGAAGAGUGAAAUAUAAAAGAAAACAAGGUAUUUUCCAUCAGUUAUUGAUUACUGCAGUUGCACAUAUUCUCCAUUCUAGUAAAAUGUUGACAUUGAAUACUAGCUUAUCAGAUAUAUAGACACCCUUAGAUAAUAAUGGAAAGUUAGUAAGAAGAGAAAAUAAAAGAUGUGGUAUUUGUACUCCUUUGAGCUGUAAUAUUUAUAUUUGGAAAGUAAGCUCCCCUAUACUAUCAACAUAACUUCUGUGCACAUUAUAUAUGUAUUGUCUUGUAAAUAUAGUAUUUAUGUAUUUUUCAUGUUCAUAUUCCCUCAUAUAUCAUCUUUUUUCUGAGAGCCUAAAAGGGUUACAAUAGAAUGAAAGGCCUCAAGUUGUUCUUCGAAAAUUAUUUUCUUUCACUUGCAUUGUCUCAAUUUUUUUAUUCCUUAAUUAAUUUAUUUUAUUUUCAUUUUUUUAAUUAUCUAAAGUUUAGAAUGUAGAGGAGGACUGGCAGAAACCAAGUACUCAUAACGGUUGUACUUACCAUGAAAGAAUAUCAAGUAUGUAUAUAUAUAGAGAGACAUGAAGGGUCAAUGGACAUAGUACAGCCAAGGGAAUAACUUAACUUCGUACUGCAACUGGUUGUAUCAAGGGAAUUAUGUGCUUUAUUUUUGUACAUGACUUUUUCAUUAGUACUCACCUGUCAGUCUUAAACUUAGGGAUGCAGACAAUGGCCUAUAUAUGAGAAUUACUCCUUGUCUAGUUCUGUGUUUUGAAAUAAAAGUAUUUCUAUUGACUGUAUGUAGCACUUGAUUUCAUUAUCCAAAGAAGAAAGUUUUAUUUCAUACCUGACAUGAAUUGUAAACAUGGCUUAUGUUAAAUGGUAAUUAUUAGAUGUUCUUGAUAUUCCUUCAUGUGGAUGUUAGAAAGUGCAUUUGUGAAAACUGUCUGAAUAUAAUUAAUGCAAUUAUUGUUUGUGUUACAAUUUUGUGCAAUUUCUGAUUUGAAAACCUCAUGGAAAUGUAUAUCUUUACACAAGUAUAGGCAUCUUGUUUGUAUUAAAUAUAUAUUAACCACAUCUUAAUUUGAUGUAAAGAAAACUAAUGGGUAACAACAAAUUUCAACCAACAUGAUGUUUUAUUUUGUGCCAGAUUGUUUUAAAGAAUGUAGAAUAUUUUAUUGUUUAGUGCAGCGUAAAGCAGGUUCUAGAAGGAAAAUGAUAUUUAAUUAUUUGUAAAAUUCCAACUGAAGAAUUCAAUAAAAGUUUUCCAGUUAA